UGUCAACGAAACCUCACUUUGGAAAACGAUUAAAAUUUUGAGCAUUGUUUUUUUAGUGUUUUGAGUGAAAAAUACACAAAAUCUAGGACAAAAUGCCUCGUAUUAUGAUAAAAGGAGGUGUUUGGCGCAACACUGAGGAUGAAAUUCUCAAAGCGGCUGUAAUGAAAUAUGGCAAAAACCAAUGGUCCCGAAUUGCGUCUUUAUUACAUCGCAAAUCAGCAAAACAAUGUAAAGCUCGUUGGUAUGAAUGGCUUGAUCCGAGCAUCAAAAAGACAGAAUGGUCUAGAGAGGAGGACGAAAAAUUGUUGCAUUUGGCCAAAUUGAUGCCGACACAGUGGCGCACGAUUGCUCCAAUUAUUGGCAGAACAGCAGCUCAAUGUUUGGAGCGAUACGAAUAUUUGUUGGAUCAGGCACAGCGAAAAGAGGAAGGCGAUGAUGGCUUGGACGAUCCCAGGAAAUUAAAACCGGGCGAAAUCGAUCCAAAUCCCGAGACAAAACCAGCACGGCCAGAUCCAAAAGACAUGGACGAAGAUGAGUUGGAGAUGUUGUCGGAAGCAAGAGCCCGUUUAGCGAAUACGCAAGGCAAAAAGGCAAAACGUAAGGCAAGAGAAAAGCAAUUGGAAGAGGCUCGACGACUUGCUGCCUUGCAAAAACGCAGAGAAUUGCGAGCAGCUGGUAUCGGCUUAGGAAAUCGAAAGAGACGUAUAAAGGGAAUUGACUACAAUGCUGAAAUUCCGUUCGAAAAGAAACCAGCUGCUGGUUUUUAUGACACUUCCGAGGAACAUAUUACUCCGAUUGCUGCCGAUUUUUCAAAGUUACGACAACAAAAUUUGGAUGGCGAACGAAGAGAUGAAAAAGAAGCCCGUGAACGCCGUAAAGAUAAAGAAAAACUGAAGAAACGCAAGGAAAACGAUAUUCCUCUGGCAAUGUUGCAGAACCAAGAGCCUGCCAAAAAGAGGUCGAAACUCGUGCUGCCAGAGCCUCAAAUUUCGGAGCAAGAGCUGCAACAAGUGGUAAAGUUAGGACGUGCUAGUGAAGUGGCCAAAGAAGUAGCAUCAGAAAGUGGAAUUGAAACAACAGAUGCAUUACUUGCUGAUUACUCCAUAACUCCGUCGCAAGUUUCGAUGACACCGCGCACUCCAGCUCCCAUCACGGAUCGCAUAAUGCAAGAAGCUCAAAAUAUCAUGGCGUUAACACACGUUGAGACCCCGUUGAAAGGUGGUAUUAAUACGCCUUUGCACGAAACGGAUUUCUCUGGAGCUUUACCAAAACAACAGGCUCUUCAAACUCCCAACACGGUGAUUGCGACACCAUUCCGCUCAACACGAACUGAUGGCGGUGGCAAUACGCCGGGAUUUUUGACGCCAGCAAGUGGUGCUCUGAUGCCAGUAGGAGGUACAAGUGGCCAAGCAACACCGUCUCUGGUACGCGACAAGCUGAACAUUAAUCCCGAUGAGGCAUUGGAUGUCGGUAGCACUCCAGCUGCCUUAAAACACUAUCAAAAGCAUGUCAAAUCAAGUUUGAGAGAAGGAUUGGCUUCGCUGCCAACGCCAAAGAACGACUAUGAAAUCGUUGUACCGGAAAAUGAAGACCAAGCAAUGGAACAAGAUGCCGAAAAGGAGGAUGUUGUCGAAGAUCAAGCUGAUAUUGAUGCGCGGCACGUAGCAGAAGCAAAAGCUAAACGUGCACGAGAACUUGCUUUGCGUUCGCAAGUUAUUCAACGAACGCUUCCACGUCCACAAGAUAUCAAUAUGACAGUUUUACGUCCUCAUUCCGAAAUGCAGGGACUAAAUGACCUGCAAAAAGCCGAAGAAUUGGUGAAACAAGAAAUGAUAACGAUGUUGCAUUACGAUGCCCUUCACGAUCCAGUGCCAUCAGUCAAUCCCAACAAAAAAACCACAAAUGCUCCUCAUCUUCAAUAUCUCGAGCAACAUCCAUAUCGCCCUGCAGACCCGGAAGACAUGAAAGUCGCGAAAGAAAUGCUGGAGGAGGAAAUGCAAACAGUCAAAGUUGGCAUGGCACACGGAGACCUUUCACUCGAAUCUUAUACACAAGUAUGGGAAGAAUGUCUCAGCCAAGUUUUGUACCUACCCAGUCAGAAUAGAUACACACGCGCCAACUUGGCAAGCAAAAAAGAUCGUAUCGAAUCUGCGGAAAAACGAUUGGAGCAGAAUAGAAAGCACAUGGCGAAGCAAGCAAAAUUGUGCGGAAAAGUUGAGAAAAAACUGAAAAUUCUGACGGGAGGCUAUCAAGCACGGAAUCAAGCGUUACAAAAGCAAUUUUUGGAGACUUGUGAGCAAAUUGAGCAAAGUCAACUAGCACUCUCAACCUUUAAAUAUCUCGCGGCACAAGAAGACUUGGCGAUACCGAAACGUAUUCAGGCUUUAACGGACGACGUUGAUCGACAAAUGGAACGUGAAAAGGUCUUGCAAGCGAAAUAUGCUAGUCUGUGCGAGGAAUUAGAGGCGCUGAACAGUAAUUCUGAGAUUACUGAUCAACAAGUUGAAACGCCGCAAGGGGAAAAUGAUCAAGUACCAUCUUUUGAGUAGAUAAAUAGGUUCUCACAAUUUCAUCAUUUUUUGUCUAAAAAUAUUGAAUAAUAAAAUUUAAAAAUGUAAUAAAACCGCGCGAAUAUCUUUUCUAAAAAUAUUUUUCACAAAGUUAUAUACUAAACUUGAUUUAUGCAGAACAAUGCAAAUAAUUAAACUACAAAGCAAUUAAU